UGUGUGUGUGCGUUUUGCUUGAGAAAAUGGAUAUUACUGGCACUGGUUUACAUCAUGCUGUGUCAUUGGGCAACAUCGAGGUCUCCACGAAGGCGACUUAUUCCAGUCACAUGGAUCGAAGUUAUGAUUCUGAAGAUGAGCAUACAAGUCGUCGAAGACUACGUCAUACACUAUCCACCGAGUUGCAGCCUCGCACGUCCGUCUAUUCACGUGGCGAUAUAAGGGAACAGUACUGCCUUACUGAUCGUCAGUUGCACAGCAUUGAACAACGUCCUCGCCGUGAACGCUUUUUUGGCUGCCUAUCGAGACGUGGCCAGACACAAGCUUCAAGUUUUUUGGGUGGCUGUGUGGGUCGUAGGGUCCCAUCCGAUGAGAAUUUGGCUGCCUAUGCGCCAUUUGAGAAAUAUCCACGAUAUCAAAACAGUUAUACAGACACUCACGAAUUGGAAAGUUCCUAUUUUCGCCGUCAGCCAGCUUCAAUAUUAAGUACUGGUAAAUCUAGUGAACCUGAUUUGGGUGGACGUUAUACCUGGCAGGCGGCUAAUAAUAAUACUACUACGACUAACGACUAUCAAGUGGACCACAGGGCAACUUGUUGUACAGCACCACUUGAAUCCUUUUACCAGGAUAUAUUGCUACGGAAUUAUUAUGUCGAGCUAUGCGCUCCAACUUCAAAUCCUACACCACAACCAACAUCACACACCAAUCAAAUCGCUAAUAUAAAUGUUUGCUCGUAUCACUGCCCCACAUAUGCCACAAUGCCGACGACGCAACAGCAACAACAGCAACAGGCGAGAACCAAACAUGUGAGCUUUGCCCGUUCGCACACUUUGACGAGUUUUGAUAAUGUGAAUGCUGGAUUUCGUUCCUCGGGUCGCAUAAAGUCGGCGCGCAGUCAAGAGCGUUUAAUUGGCGGGAAAAAGCCCAUUAUAGCCACAGGGUCGAUGUACGAAACACUGCAGCCAACGGGCUUGCAACAACCAAACCAACAACUGCAACAACAACAGCAACAGCAGGCACAACAACUGAACGCAGCAUCUACGGGGACCACUGCCACGGCUUGGUUGCCACCCUCCGUUCAAUUGCAGGCAUGUCAACAUCAUCAUGCACCCAUUCACCUGCACCAUCAGCAGUUGCCAGACAACAUGGUGGGCUUGAUUAUACCACAAGCAUUGCCUGUGGCUUUACCUCCACCAAGUCCGGAGGUUCUGAUUGUGGAGAAAAAGUUUCGCAAUGCCAUGAAAACUCAGGCCACUCAAACAAUGCAAGUGGCCAGACAACAUGGGUAUAAUACACAGAUUUUGGCGCUUAGUCCACGACCACCGCAUCGCAUUAAGGUGGUCUCGCAAGGAGCCCAAACAAAUGGUCUGCAGAAUGGCAAAAAGCUAACCAAAAGUCUAUCAGAAAUACCGAAUGGCAAAGAGACACAACAGCAACACUAUCAGCCGGGUUCCAUUUACCCCCAUGAGAUGAUAUAUCGUACUCAAUCGCAAGAUGUUACACCAUUGCAAACACUUUCGGAUGCCCAGAAUAAUAUUAUGUACUAUAAGCCACCGCCUCCAUUGCUUGAUCCUCACACUUAUGGUCUUGGCAUGGAGCAUUUAAAUCGCAAUCGUUCCUCAAUGGAUCAAACGGCAGAGUAUGUGAAUGUCAAUGCAGCCGCCUUGGCUCUAAAUGAAAGUUUUGACUAUGAGAGCAAUAGUUUACCGCGUCGUAAUUGCACUUCACAUGCUCGAACCGAAACGGAUUACUAUUCAAAUAGUUUGCCACGUCAUUCAGAAGCUUUGCAUUCCCAUGACAUUUGCAAACAUAUAACAGAAUGCGCUGAACUCAUAACGGAUAGUGUGCCAUUGGAUUUCACUAGGCCACAUUUAUUGCCGCCACCGAGUGAGUAUUGCAAAAAUGAAGAGGAGGAUGAGUUUCAAGAGGAAUACUAUGACGAUGAUGAGGAAGACUAUGCGGCAAAGGCACCUGAAACUACAGAAAGUUAUAGUUCGGAGGUAUGUUUGGAGCAGGCGCAACGACGCAUGUCUAUGGUACCUCAGAUGAUAGAUUCACCGUUUCGUCGCGAUGACAUUAGACGUCAGUCGAUGCCUGUUUAUGGGCAGACCGAGAAACUAAUCGACGGUUUUGGGCCACGCACCUCUUUUCGACGUAAGGACAAGGUCAGUUGUUUUCCUGAAACCUCCAACGCCGCCGCCGCCGCUGAUGACCCUGGCAGAUUGUCACCCAGAGAUGAGGAAGAGAUUUUUAUUGAUUUCAAACCACAUGUGUCACCAAAGCCAAGUCCCAAGAUACAAAUAAAGCAUCGUAAGCAGCAUAAGGCUGAGAUAGCCAUGCGUAAGAUGCAACAACAGAGAAUGGCUCAGGCGGCGGCUUUAACUUUGCCAAAACUUAAGCCACAGCCAGUUGAAAUUGAGGUUAGAAAAGUUGAGCAUAGGCCAAGCGAAAAUCAUCCUGAAUACGACGAAGAGGAGGACGACGACGACGACGAAGAAGAUGAAGACGAAGAACAGGAAGAGGAAGACGAGGAGCGUCAACAGCAAAAUGAUAUAGACAAUGAGGAAGAACCUCUGUAUGAAAAUAUAACUCCAGUAGCACCAAUAACAAAUUUGGUAGACAAACGCUCACAAUUUCGCAAACGUUCGGUUAGCCUAGAUGAUGCCGAUCAUCCAUCUGUUAAUACCAUGUCUCUGCCGCCCAUAAUAGGCGGCAGUCCUUGCCGCGAUGACCACGAGCAACAGGACUUGCUUAAUCUGGCCAAUGUAUCAACUUAUCCAUCCUCAGAUUCACUGGCCAAUGACAAUACACGCGAUCAUUCCGAUGGCAUAUGGAAUGAAUCGCAGGUUACUGUCUUGACGGCCACCGAACAACGAGAUAUAUCCGAUGGUUCAUAUAGUUCCAAUCUGCUAUUGACACCAUCGACCAAACGUAAGAAUUUACUUUUGCAACACCAGCAAAGAAGUUCCGUGGAUACAGAUGCUUUGGACUUUGAGGAACAGAGCCCCACUUAUGGUCUACAAACACUGCCCAAAAUUAUUAAGAGCCCAACACCAAGUAUUACAGCAACUAGCACCACCGUGAGGCCAGCAGCAUCCACUCAAUCUUUGGCACCACUGCCAGCUAUAGCCGUAACGCCAUCAUCGCUGGACAUAUCGUCCCAUCAGCAACAGCAGCAGCAGCUGUUAACUUCUCCUUUGCCAAAACGUAGUAUGAUGAUCCCACGCGGAUCAGUGCCCGAUGCACGGCAAUUGAUGUAUAUGAAGCAACGUCAAACAGAUACCAUGGAUUAUGCACGUAGUGCUGAUAUAUCGGAAUGUAGCACUAACACAGAUGAGUAUGCCACAUGCACGGAUACAUCGAAACGUACUCCAGGUAUUAAGACACCGCCAACAACGACAAGUUCAUCGUCAACGACACAAGUGCCAGUGUCCACUCACAGCUCACAAUUGGAGAAAACUCACGGCGGUAGCUCAUUUGAAAGCGCCAGUUCCUUAUAUUCUAUGCGUGAGGAUUUACUACAACACGAUGAGAAAGAAAAGGAGAAAGAGAAGCGAUCCCAACGCAUAAAAUCUCCAUUGGGCUCUUUGAAUGAAUUGUCAAAGAGAUCACCAUCACACUCUGUAAGCAGUACGACAACGUCUUCUGUAUCUAUGGCCAAGGAAAGUCCUCCGCAAACUGUAGCCAGCACUUCCACGAGCCAAAUGAAAAUGACUACAGCCAAGGGAAAGGGUGGCGAUAAUUUGCCUAAACCAAAGCCAGAUUCCAUUUCCGAAGAUGAGCGCAGCGAAGUGCGCUACUCAUCCUCGGGUUACUAUGAAAGUCCCCACGAAGAUGACGACGAUGAGGAUAAGGAAGUUGUGGUUACUAAAAUGCGACGACAACGUCAAGAAGAUGAACGUAAACGACGUAAAACUAGCAUGAAAUUGGAUAUCGAAAAGGAGAAUAUGCGUGCUCUAACCAGCCCCAUUAAAAAGUCUACAGUCAGCCAGGGUAUUGCAACCAAAAUUCAAUCGCCCGAACAGCAACAACAAUCCAUCGAGGCAAGUGUUGGUGGUGGUAGUCCCAGUAGUAAAAUGAAACGUUUCCGUCCCAAAAUACGACGACAAUUGCGCAAGACAUCACGGGAAGAUGUUCUUUCGAAUGCAGCGGCUGUGAGAAGAACUCGCGGCACUACAACAACGGCAGGUUCAGGUACACCACCCAUUAUCUAUGGUCUAAGUAGUGCUACUAGUGGUAGUGGUGAUACCGAACUACUUUUAGAUGGCAGCAUGACCUCAACUACAACUAUAACAGCAGCUGCGUCUACCACUAAUGCUGUUGCAACAACAACUACGACUACAACAACCACUUCGGCUUCGUCGAUAAGUACAGUGACACAACAAGAGCCCCUUAAGAAACCCCAUAGCUGUGCCACUCCCACAGCUUUACUCUCGCCCAAGAUGCCCCACUCGGCUGCAAGUUGCACCCAAUCGAAAUCGACAUCGGAAACAUGUCAACUAAAGGCCAAAUCCAUAGAGUCGCUCCGAUCUGUUUCACCCGGUUCAGAUUCAGUUUUCUACAGUGAAGCCGAUGGCAAUGUUGCCGGUGGCGAUCAUGGACAUUGUCUGCAUUGUGGCAAAGAGAUGGAACAGGGUAAACCUCCAGUUACCGGGGAUUCAGUUGAAUCUAUACCCUAUAUUGAGCAAGAGGCAGAUAUUGUAAAACCUCCAUCGGACUUCGCCGACUCUCCAGUGAUAACAAAAACCACUCAGCGAUUGUAUAAGAAAAUGGACAAACGUUUUCGUUCCGAGGAGCGUUAUCAUGGCGAAAGGGGUAGACACUACAAGUCCAGGCAAGAGAACAUAAGAGCCAAGAGCGAAGAACGCGGCCGCAUUCCUAGUUUACCCAACACACCAGUUUUACGUCCUGCCGGCUCGAGUCCUUGUGUUCUGCCCGAUAUCAAUACAGAACAAAGUCAACAUAUAAUCUAUAAGGGUCACUAUGAUGCUGGCCGCUAUACACGUCUAACUGAUGAUGAUUUGUGGACGCAAUUGGAUCAUCAAUGUUUUGAUCGAUCCCGCGAACGACGCGCUUCCACAGAAUCGGAGAAAGGUUUCCAUGCCAAAUAUCAAGUGAUACUUCAUCGUCUUGUGCAGCGUCGCUGCACUUUGGAAAUGUAUCAUCGUCAGAAGCAUAACAAUUUUCGUGUGGAUAAAACUGUUGUGGUGAAAAGUGAUUCCGGUGAAUUUGGUUUUCGUAUACAUGGUUCCAAGCCAGUGGUCGUUGCAGCCAUUGAACCUGAAACUCCGGCAGAAAGUUCUGGCCUAGAAGUGGGUGAUAUUAUUAUAUCGGUCAAUGGAGUUCAAGUAUUGGAUAAACAUCACACAGAAGUGGUUAAAAUAGCCCACGAUGGUUGUGAGAAAUUGGAAUUACAAGUGGCUCGUACAAUUGGAGUUUUGAUGCAUGAACAAUUGGAACCACCAAGUCAACCAAUUUUCAGUGGUUACCUCUGGCGUCAGAGUGGACAAGCCAAGGGGGCACCCAAUUCAAAAAAAUGGGUGAGACGUUGGUUCUCACUGAGGCCAGACAAUUGUCUCUAUUACUACAAAACGGAAGAAGAUUCCCAACCAGUGGGCGCCAUGAUUAUGGCCAAACAUACUGUAGAUUUAUGUCCCAUUGAUAUAGGCAAACCAUUUGCUUUCAAAGUCGAUGCUGGCGAGGGUAUACCCAUGUAUGUGGCAGCCGAUUCCGAUGAAAUGGCUCAAAGAUGGUUAAAUCUUUUGCGUCAGGCGGCUUCACAGGAUAAUCAAUGGUUGGAUAAAAGUGCGCGUUCACUUUAUCAGAGUCCAUCGAGCAUAAUUCGGCCCGAUUGCUUUGGCUAUUUACUGAAAUUGGGCUCAAGGUGGUGCGGUUGGUCGAAACGCUAUUGUGUACUUAAGGAUGCCUGCCUCUAUUUUUAUCAAGAUGCAAAUAGCAAAAGUGCAUUCGGCAUGGCCUGUCUACAUGGCUAUAAAGUGGCCUCAAUGUCCACAAAUGCAUCGGGCAAAAAGAACUCUUUUGAGAUAAUACCACCAGAAACGAAAUUACGUCAUUAUUAUUUCUGUACCGAAAGCGAAAUGGAUAAAAAACGAUGGAUAUCUGCCUUGGAAUACUCAAUAGAUCGUUGGAUUAAAUCUGGGUAACUAAGGUUAAAAACACGCUCCAGAUCGGCUUUGGGUAGCCGACGAAAGCGUCGCAGUUUUAGCUAUUUCAUGGAUUGAAAUUCAAAUCGUUAUUUGACAUUUGGACACUAGUACGGGUACUACCAACACAAAAAAGGAAAACCAUAGAAUUUAAGUUUAGAAACAAAAAAAAACAAAUGAACUAGAUUUUAGAAUAGAACCAAUAGUCCAAUAAUACAAAAGAAGAGGCGAUUUUUGAUUAGCCAAUAAGAAAAGACAAGGAAUUUAGCCAGUCUGUCAAAUCGGGAUUAUAACUAUUUUGAACAGGAACAAAUAUAUAUAUAUAUAUAUGUAUAUGAUAGAAUACAAUAUAGAUGAUUUUUUGGUGUGUAUUCUUGUUAUAUAAAUUAUAUACAUACUUAUGUUUCGUGAGGUUGUCAUGUUAUACACACACCCACACCAACAUACACACACACACAC